CACUUUCUAUUUUCUGAUUGCGUUGUUGUGGAAGAAAGCAAACUGGGUGAAAUUAAGACAUUUAAUGUACAUUAAUUCAACAUUAUUGCGAUAAUUUCUAAAAAGCACACAACAGAGCAAAAAGAGUACGGCGAUUCACGUACAAAAAUACGUGUGAGUGCGUGUGUUCUGAGGAGUUUUGCACGGCAUUCAGAAUAACAGAAAAGUCAGAGAAAAGCAAGAAAGCAAAAAAAAAAAAAAAAAUCGAAAUAUCAACUUGCGAUGGCCGAUAUUGAGAAAAUGACAGCAGCGGCUGCUCCGACCGAUAUACCCGUGUUGUCAUCGUCAAACGUUAGCGAAACGGGCGGUGCCAGCAGCAGCACAGCUGAGCUCGGCACAUCGCCCAGUGUCCAGGAGCCCGUAUCGAGCAAUUCCCAUCCUCAUGACUCGGAAUACGAUACCGCCAGUGAUCUUGAGGGGGGCGAAGACUACGACGACGAUGACGAUGAAAGCACAAGCGAUGAAGAAAGUGAAACCGACGACGAUGAUGACGACGACGAAACCGAUGCCGAUGCUGACGACGAUGAACUAGGCAGCGGAUUGGAGCGCAAUGCGGCGACGGCAGCCGGUGACAGCGAGGCGCAAAAGAAAGUCGACGAAGAUCGUAGCAAUCCCCAAUACAUACCGAAACGUGGCACCUUCUACGAGCACGACGAUCGCACAGCUGAAACAGAGGGCGAUGGUGCUGCCGUCGAUCCCACGGCCAACGACAGUAGUCCAGGAGGCCUCGCUGAACCGAGCAGCGCUGAUGCCGACGGCAAUGAGGUAAUUGGUAUUUCAGGCGGCGCACCAGCUGCUGGUCAGCCGGCAACUAUUUCGCAGGCGUCAAAGACUAUGAAGAAGUGGCAACCGGCAUCGGGUGGCGAUCGGUGGUCGCACGAUCGUUUCGAGGCCAGCGAACAGGCGCCUAAAUCCCGAGCUGAGCUGUUGCAGACCUAUGGGUACGAUAUACGCAACGAGGAUGCGGCGCCGCGUGCGCGUCGUCGUCGACGUUAUGGCCGAGGACCCAGCAAAUACUCCAGAAACUGGGAGGAUGAACAAGCGUAUUUGAAGGCCAGCAAUAAGGAGCGUAAGCCACCGCGUCCCCAAGACUUCCCUGCUUUGAAUGAGCAGCAAAGAAGCGGCACGAGCAGCGGCAGCAAAAUGCGUGCCAGACGUUCCUCGACGUCGCGCGACGAGAAGGAGAAUCGUGGCGAGCGUCGCAGCCUCGCCAAUGGCAGUGUGGAGAAGCAGCUGGGUACUGCACCAGGAUCAGGCUCGGGCCCAGCCAACGCUGGAUUGCCAGCCGGUAAGUUGAGUCAGGAUGAGCGCAAGAAUCGCAAUUACAGGGAGCGUGCAGCUGGCGGCUCGAAUCGCCAGAAUCCCAUGGAGUUCAAGCAGAAGUCUGGUCAUCGUUCAAGUCACUCGCGUGGCGAACAGCGCGAUUAUGCCGAGCAGCGUGCGGAGCGAGAUUAUCAUCAUGCGAAGCCAAAUGCGAAUCGAACAAAUGGAUUACCCAAGAACGAGGUGCCAUCUCAGCAGCAGCAGCAACAGCAACCACAUCAACAGCGACAGCCACAGCAACAGCAGCUGCAACAUCAACAGCAACAGCAGCAGCAGCAGCAAGCACCACAGCAGCAGAAACACUUGUCGCAUCAGCCCAAGCAGCAACAGCAGCAACCACAACAACAGACGCCUCUGGUCACAUCGAAUUUGUCGCAGCGUCUGCAGCAGGUGCAACAACGCAACGAUCCAAGUCAUGUGGGCAGUGUGCAAAUGCAUGCGCUCGCCUCUCAGAACCAACAACAGCAGCAGCAACAACAACAGCAGCAACAGCAACAGUUGCAUCUGCAGCAGCAACAGCAACAAGAGUUGCCUGGCGAGCAUCGCAAUGGACCCAAGCGCUACUCGAGUCUGCGGCGCACGCAGCACGAGGCGACACAGCAGCAGCAACAACAGCAACAGCAGCAUCUCGCUGAGCAGCAGCAAAUGCAACAGCAAUUGCAGAUGCAGCAGCAACAACAACAGCAGCAACAGUCACAAAUAAUGCUGCAAGAUCCGCAUUUGUUGCGUCUCCAGAUGGCCUAUCAGCAGCAGGAGUUGCAGGUGCAGCUGCAGACACUGCAAUUGGGUCCAGCGCCGCCCACAGCAGUUGCCACAACACAGCCAAAAGCCGCAGCAUAUCCACAGGCCCAAGCUGCACCCUCAUACUAUGUGACGGGUGGCGGCGAAGCGGUUCCAGUGCCCGUCGCUGUGCCACAGGCGCCCUAUGUCAAUCCGGCCAAUGCCGCCUAUUUGCCAGCCACACCCGCAGCUGUGGCCUAUGCCCCACAGCAGCAACAACAGCAGCAGCAGCCGCCACCACAGCAGCAACAACAGUCGCAGCCAGCGCCACAAGCAACUCAGUCAAGUGUGGCACAAGCAGCUCAGGCGCCAGCUGCAUUGAACUAUCACCAAAACUAUAAUACUGUCGGCGGCACCACGUACUUUGUGUCGCCAGCUCAGACAACGACACGACCCGCUGUGCUGCCUCAGCGUCGACCCACCAAUGCGAUUCCCAUACUGCCGCCAUCGGAGAAGCACAAGAGUCGCGCUGCCACGGGCAGCGGCACCAAUGCGAAUCCAAAGAGCGAUGAGGCCGGCAGUUCAGAUAACAUUGAUCACAUCAUCGAUAAUAUGUUUGUGCAACGACCGGCGUUCCAGCCACCGCCCACAGCAACAUCAUCAUCAUCAGCAGUUGCGACAGCUGCAGAGACAAGCAAUCAAGCAGCUGGCAACAAGACUGCUAUCGAGGAUCCAAAUAGCAAUACAACAAGCAGCGAACAACAGCAACAGCAGGCAGCAGCAGCUCAUCAGGCGAUGGCGGUGCCUGGGCAGGAAUGAGUGCAGUUUUAUGCCAACAAUCAACGGCAGCAAGAUCAUAAUCAGCAAUAUCGCAGUGGUUAUACUUUGAUGCCGUCGCACGUUGGCCUAUCUUACUAUCAUACACACUAGUUUAACGGAUUGAGCUUAAUCCUUCGCCCUCAGUUAAUGAAUAACGAUCGUUCUUGGUUUAUUUCUCUCUCUCGCCAGGGGCACUAAAGGUCUGUGACUGUGACUCCCCCUUGUUUUUUUUUUGUGUAGAGGCGCAAGAGCCAAUUCCGCGAAUUUGUGCGUAGUAGGAGGAGUACGAGAUUUGUAAUUAGUGAAUAGAGCAGCACUUAAUCGAACUAACUAGUAAUGGCUACCUAUCUAUAUCCCAGAGUUGAUCAUAAAUGCUUCACUGGAUACGUAUUUUGUAGUGCAUAAUUGAAUAAUUUGUGAAUCGUAAGCCAUGCAGCUCACUUUUAGCAUAUAUCAUGAAUUUUAGCCAGUUGAAAGAGCCGCUGGUCCUUACAUAAUAUGCUUACUCAUAAAUAUAUAUAUAAAUAUAUACAUACA